CGCCGUCCGCGCAGUCGCGUUGAGCACCGUCCGAUUAUUACGUUACGUUCGCGCGCUUUUUUGACGUGCAAUCCAGUGCUGCUGUAACGGACAUUAUUUUGUGUGUUUAAAAAUGGAAAUGAGGUGGCGGUUUCUCAUAGGCCUCCUAUUAUUAGGCGUUGUAUUCGCCGCAGAACAAGACGACGGUAUACCAGAUGCGGCCGUUGACGAUGACGACGAAGAUUUAGCCUUAGACCAAGAGGAAACACGGAAUUUAAGACCGAGGGCGUACACCCCCACUGCCUACAACACGUUGCCAACUGGCUUCAGGCCGACGCCCUCGCUAGCCGAGCUGGCCGGCUACCAGCAGCGCCCGCAGCAGGAGCAGCAGGAGUACGUGGCCUUGGUCCCGGCCAGGCCUACACAGCAGCAGUAUGUGGAGGAACAGCGGCCAGCCAGACCGCAUAGGAAGCCACAAGAACAACGCCCUCAAAAACUCCAACAGCAGCUGCAAGAAGUAGAAGACGAAUUGGAAGAAGAGAAAGAAGAGCCCGACCGUCUCUCGCAGCUACUGCAGCAAUCCAAGUUCGACUGCGUGGGCAAGCAGACAGGGUACUAUGCUGACCAGGAGCUUAACUGCGAGGUGUUCCACUACUGCCAGGACAGUGUGAAGCACUCUUGGAUUUGCCCAGAUGGGUUCACUUUCCACCAGGUACACUUAAUCUGUAUGCCGCCGACCCACGAUAACAUCUGUCAGAAGUCAGCGAAGUACCACUUCGUGAACGACUACCUGUACCGGCCGAUCAACCAGGAGGAGGUGCAGAGGAAACCCAACGUGUCUCUCAAGUACUCCGACCGGUACUAUCCCGCUGAAGUGUACAGGGACGACAGAUACGACCAGGACGAGGAGGAAGAAGAGGAGGAAGCCCCUCGCCGUCAGCCAGCUCCACAGCCGCAACAGGCCCGACCAUCACCCCGGCCGCAGCAGCAGCCCCAGGUCUUCCACUCAGCCGAAGAAGUUAAUAUACCGUUAGGGCAAAGACGUCCUCAGCGUCCUUAUGAUUUCGACUUUUAACUCUAUUUAAAUUAAAUAAGUAAAUAGCAUUUAUAACUCGGCAACUUUGUAUGCGGCACUUCUACGGAUAGACGUACGGAGCAGGGGGGCUUAUAAUAUAAGGGCAACGGGCACUUUUUCCUACUACACUAUCCGCAUACUCUGUCAUUAAUAUACAAAGCAGAAGAGUGCCGCGUAAAAAAUUGCCAGGUUAUACCUGUUAUUUGUACAUAAAGCCCUAUCUUUAUUCUAAAUUUUAUUAAAAUAUAUUUAUAUAAACACUGUUCACCUCAUAAUUUUUCCCCCAGUGCCUAUAAUCUAUGUGAGAAAUUUCAAUUCACAUUAAACUGAUUAUUGUCUUAUUUAGUGGGCUCAAAAAUUAUUAUUAAAAAUUAAUUAAUCUUAUUUAUAUUUCUUUGUACGAUAAAGUAUUCACUUGUAAUAAGUUACAAAUUAGGCUUAAGCUAGUCUUUGAGAUAAGUUUUAAUAAGAAAACAAUAAAUGUUUAUAAAAACAUG